AUGCACUUUGAUCUCGUCCUUAAAAAGGACUUCAGGAGUAAGCGCUGGGCUGGCCAGGUGGAAACUGAGGGGAAGGGACACGGACCCUCCUCCUCCUUCUCCUCGGAGCUCCGAGGACAGGAGCUUCCGUGGGGAAGCUCGGGGAGAGGGGCAGCACGUCCAGCUGGUCACCGGGAGGACAGGGAGGCCCAGCGCCCCAGGGAUUACUUUACAGAUGAGAACAGAGUGCUGAAAAAGGACCCUCAACAGGAUUACCAUCUGGAGUAUGCCAUGGAAAAUAACACACAUACAAUAUUGGCUUUUAGCAGGGAACUGCACACUUGUGAUCCAAAUGAUAAGAGUAUAACGGAGAGCACAGUACGGGUAAUAUGGGCCUAUCACCACAAAGACAUGGGAGAAGCGGGUCAAAAUUACCACGGGGCUAAUCGUGGUUCAAAGAGUUUACGUUUACUGAACCCUGAGAAAGAAGAAGUUUCAUCUGUCUCUCUGGCAUACUUUGACCUGACAAACAAAGACGUGCUUAUACCAGAUAAAGAUACAACAUAUUGGUGCCAAAUGUUUAAGAUUCCUGUACGACAUGAAAAGCAUCAUGUGACAAAGGUUGAGCCAUUAAUACAGAAAGGCCAUGAGAAUCUGGUGCACCAUAUCCUACUCUAUCAGUGCAGCAGCAAUUUGAACGACAGUGUGCUGGACUACGGGCAUGAAUGUUACCAUCCCAACAUGCCAGAUUCUUUUCUCACGUGCGAGACAGUAAUUUUUGCUUGGGCCAUUGGAGGAGAGGGCUUCACCUACCCCCCUCAUGUCGGUUUAUCCAUUGGUACAGCAGGUGAUCCUCUGUUCGUACUUAUGGAAGUGCAUUAUGACAACCCAUCAUACAUAGAAGGCUUGAUAGAUAACUCUGGACUGAGGCUAAUUUAUACUCCAGUUUUAAGGAAAUACGAUGCUGGGGUUAUUGAAGCUGGUCUUUGGGUUAGCCUCUUCCACAACAUCCCACCAGGCAUGCCUGAAUUUGUGUCAGAGGGUCACUGCACGCUGGAAUGUCUGGAAGAGGCUCUAGGUGCUGAGAGGCCUGGUGGAAUCCACGUAUUUGCAGUACUUCUUCAUGCUCAUCUUGCCGGCAGAGCCAUCAGGAUGCGCCACUUCCGCAACGGCGAGGAACAGAAGCUACUUGCUUAUGAUGAUGAGUUUGACUUCAACUUCCAGGAGUUUCAGUAUCUGAAAGAAGAAAGGACCAUAUUGCCUGGGGAUAAUUUAAUCACAGAAUGUCACUACAGUACUGUGGACCGAAUUCGUAUGACAUGGGGUGGUCUGAGCACCAGGAAUGAAAUGUGCCUGUCAUAUCUACUCUAUUACCCAAGAAUCAACCUCACGCGAUGUGCAAGUAUUCCAGACAUAAUGGAACAACUCCAGUUUAUUGGGGUAAAGGAAAUAUAUAGACCAGUCAGGACUUGGCCCUUUAUUAUCAAGAGUCCUAAGCAAUACAAAAACCUGUCUUUUAUGGACGCAAUGAACAAGUUCAAAUGGUCCAGAUCAGAAGGUCUCUCCUAUAACGAACUUGUUCUUAAACUACCAGUCAAUGUGCGAUGUUCAAAGACAGACAAUGCAGAGUGGUCGAUCCAAGGCAUGACAGCUUUACCUCCUGAAAUAGAGAGACCAUACAAGACAGAACCAGUAAUAUGCAGCUCAUCUUCAUGUUUAUGUUGCAGUACACUCCUCACCCUGUUGUUUGUUGUACAUGUCACAGCCAGGACCAUAGGAAACAUCGGGCCCUUUGUAUAAUAAUUUUUAUUCAUUUGUGUACUGUAUGCCAUGCAAGUUCUGAUGUGUUUGCACUGUUGCUAUUGUAGAUUUAUUUUUUUACUUAUUAAUAAACUAAAUUUGCUAGUUCAAAAUAAAAUGUGUACUUCCUCUGGAAAGCUCUGGUUUAUUUGGUUUUCAAUGUAAAGUAUAUAUAAAGCACAGUCGGUACAUUGGCACGUUACAUAUUGAAUUUUUUCCCCUACCAAUUUGUUACACUUUAUCCUUCCUCUUCACAUGGUGUUUACAAAACCAGCUAUGUAUAUGGGUAAAAUUAAUAAACUAAACGCAACUUAGUUAACCUCA